GGUGAGCAACAAUAUCCCAGCCAAACUCCAUCGGAAUUCGCCAGUCUGGUUUCGGCCGUCGUUCAUCUCGUUUGAUUUUUCCGAGUCCUCCCGGAGGUGACAGUUUCCGGCAAACAUCAUCCGUGUUGGGGUUCAACGGUGGCGGUAGAGUGAGCGGAGCCUUGCUGGCCUGUUGUGGUUCGCCCGUUUGGCAGCAAGUAGCGUGGUGCUAGGUGAAGUAAAAGUUUUUGAAUUGUGUGCAUCCCGGUACCGUUUGCAGAACGUGGUCAGUGCAGUUGGAUGCUGUAUGUGUGGCUCGGCGAAGAUAGUGGCGCAUCAUAGCCUCAACUGUUGCAGCAAGUGCGGCUGAAUAGUGGAUAUAUACUGUCUAUAAUAGUGGAUCGCAAACGAUUACUAGCUUGGGUCCCAUUUUCACUCGAAGCCGGCGCGUCACAGAAGUCGGAAGGCAGAGUAUAGUCGAAGUGGUAACAGUCAGUGGGGAUUUGCUGGCUCACAGACGUAUUACAGCUGAUAACGUCGACGCUGUGGUUAAGUGAAAAAAAAAGCUGCCAGCAAGGAAGAGAACGGGAAAAAAUCUGUGAAGUGGCAACUGCAUUGCAUGCAAAGUUAGGUGAGCGAAAGAGGAAAAAAAGUGCUGCCAUCUUUUGGUGCUGUCGAGUAGCUUGCUACACAGUGAUGAUUUCCGGUGUGAUUUUGUGAAAAAAUAGAUGUAAAAUUUUUCAUACCUAUGUAAAAUUGUGCUUCUUCUUUGCAAAUCCGUGAAGGUAAGGUGAAGGGUAUAUUUUUUGUUUAGAGUGCAUUUAGUGCAAACACCGCGAGAAGCAUCCGCAGUCGCAGCGAGUGGAAAAGCUGUUCUGGCAGUUUAAUUGAAGGUUGAACUUUUUCGUCCACUGGAAUUGUGUAUGAAUGGGUUCGGACGUGUCGGAGCGUUCGGCGGGAAUAUUAAAAUUCCUUAGAACAGUGUAAUAAGGUAAAGGCAAAAAUUGAAAUACGCGAAGCAGUCAAGUGGAAACGAUUGCGUGGCGGUGAAGUGGAAAUUUUGCCAUUUUUCACUGUAACGAGUCUAGUUUAGCGCUUUACAUUCACCAGGUACGAGGACCAGGCUGCACGAUGGAAUUGAGGAUUGCACCAGUUAUACGAAUUUUCACGAUAGUCACCGUUGUGAGCUGUGUUCCCAUGAAAUAUGGAAUUGGCUACCGGAGCAGUAUUGAUCUGGAUGCGGAGCAGACCGAGGCCCGCUACGACCAGGGAAUGCUGUCGGAUAUCAUGAACGAUGACCAGGUGGAGAUGCAAAAGGCCGAGAGCUGUGUGGCAGACAAUUUCAAAUAUGACCACGGCCAGAAGAUCCAACGAUUUGAUCCCUGUGAAAUCUGUCUCUGUAUAGAUGGGGAGAUUUUCUGCUGGUGGAAACAAUGCGAUACACCAGCAAUAUCGGAAAUAUUGAACGAAAGCCCUGUUCCUGUUCAGAUGACCACCCCGCCGGUUGUAGCAAAUCGGCCAUUCGCUCAGCAAACGCAACUGCCAGCCACAGCUGUUGCGGCCGUUUCGUCGUCACCAGUCACAGUAACAACGGCAGAACCGUUACCCAGCACGCUGACGACCGGGAAGGUGACCACUUCAUCAAGUUCUUCCCCGCAACCGCCAGCCGCGGCAACUGUUCCACCCGUUUCCUAUUCCGACAAACCGGACAGAAAUGAACGAAUAUUGCAUCAUCCCUCGCCGGCGAACAUUCCUCAAAACAUACUGCUAUUUCCGCAAUCUCCACCAAUUCUGAUGCAUAGGUCACCCACCGGUGCAGCGAAAAAUGCCACCAAUGUUGCCAGGACCGGCAACCGAAACAAACAAAAGGGACCGCCGAAAAAAGUCAAACCAUUUCAUUUGAACGGCGGAGCAGCGCUUGAUAUAAACACCGAUAAAAAGUCUUAUCGGAAGUCAAAGAGUAAAGGUCAUUCGAUCAACUAUGGUUCUAGCGGAAGAAAUAUUGCUGGGGAGACCGACGGAAUCGGGUCCGAUGAGCGCCCUUUUUCGAACAAUGAAAUGAACGACUCCGAAGGCGGAAGGCUUAUAGAACCUAUGAAAAAUAAUGACGGUGCGAAUAAUGAUUGUUAUGAUGAUGAUGAUUCCGUUAAUGAUGAUGAUGAUAGGGACGAUAAUGACGAGGAUGAUGAGAGUGAUGAAUCAACGGAGGAACGGGACGUUGAGAGCGGUUAUCGGGGUCACGCUGGUUCCAGCAGCUCCGGGCGAAGUGCUGGUGGUUCCUUUGGUGGUUUCGGUUAUGGAAUGAUCAAAGAACCGGAAGAAGACAAACAGCAGCAUUACAUCAUCACAUCGUCAGGUCACGUAGAAAUGUUCGACGAUACCAGCAUGGAUGCGACGGAGAAUGCAUUUGGUACGAAUCGAUUGCCGUCACAGCAGGCGCAGCAAGAGCAGCAGCAGCAGCAGCAGUUGCCAUCUAGCACUACCAGCCAACCGAUGGCAUUGGUGUUUAGGGGAACGUUGAUAGAUCACCGACCACCACAACUGACGGAUUCAUCGGUUCGAGAAAUUGACGAACAGAGCAGACCGAUUCCGCCCUUGAUAUCAAUGACGACAAACGUAACGCAAUACUCGAAUUACUCCGACCGGCAGCUGGCCCAUGCUGAAGGGCUGUCAGUGGCGUCGUAUGUACUACCCCACGCCACAGGCUCCGUUAUUGAUGUACUCAACUCGACGGUUGAUGGCGACUAUCUGGACGAUAAUCAAACGGAACUGAUCUAUCCGGCUGUUUCUGGUUUGAAUGGCAAUGUGAAUGGCAGCAGGGGAGCCCGGAUAAGAGGCAGCGGUCAACCAGUAAAAAUGACCGAUACGCGCCCAUCUGCGGCCGACGGGGACAGCGGAAGGAGUUCACCGGAACCGCAUUGCGUCGUUAUGGGUGUGACGUAUAAAGUGGGCUCUGUACUGAAGCAGGAAACAGGAAACUGUCUGCACUGUGUCUGUGUGGCCGGUCCAGAUAUCGACCCAGUGCCGCGCGUUACCUGCACCCCACUGAACUGCCCACCGUUGAUACUUCCGGACAUACUGGACGGCGCCGGAUUCUAAAAGUGGCUAUCGUAGUCACUACAGCCGUUGAGCGAUAACGGAUAUUUUGUAGAACAAUCCCUCUCCAGACGCCGAGACGACACAAUGGAAGGCUAGCACAAAAAUCAACGACUAUGAUGAGAGCGGCCGCAGCGUUACAUUUUUCCGGAAGUACAUACUUAAACUAGGAUCAAAGUGCGUUUCUGCGAGUCAAGCGUAAAUGAACGGCAAAAUUCAACAGAAAUUUAAUUUUUUUUUCUUGUGCAUUUAAACUUGCGAGUACAUAUAUACAUGUAUUUACCACGAACCAAAUGAACACACACUGACAAAAAAAAAACUUCUCGCUGUGAACUGUAGAUUUUGAAUAACCACAUCUACUAUUGCUACUAGUGAAUUUAGGAAAACUUUCUACGUAGCUAAUUCAGAAGAGUUGAAAGAAGCAUUAAACUGGGUGUCUAAUUCAAAUCAGCUAAACCAAAUACCCAUAUAUGGAAGGAAAUGAGAACGAGGUGAUUGACACUAGUGACUAAUAUAAUAGCGAUAUUUAUGAAGCAUAUAUACAAACUAUACAGUAAGAGCUUAAGCGAUGAUGGAAACAGUAACGAAACUAUUCAUUGAUUCAGUUUACCGUGUGUACAGGAAGUACCUUCUAUGACGGUACGUUCAUGGAUUCAAUCCUACAGCCGAUGUAGAAUAGUGUGAUAACAGAAACGUAAACAAACCCAAUCAAAAUGUUAUAAUUUCGCGGAAACCAUAUAGUAGUGUAGAUGUAAAAGGAAUGGUUCUUUUUAUCGGCUAAUCCUGAGCUUAUAUCUAGUUGAGCGUCCAUAUCCGGAUUUAUCUGUUUUUUUUUGGGUUUUUUGUUCAUACAUCGGGCGUUUAACCCCUGGCCACCGAACGACGGCAUUUGGUAAAGCGAACGGGUCACGUACAUGCCAUUUGUUUAAAUUGAACGAGUUUUUAAAUCAAACACCUUUGCCGAUAUUUAUACAGUCAGUGUACCGACCUACGAGCUGGACUAUGGUUGGCCGCACUCAACCAGGUUGUCCGGACAUGGUGUUACCAGGCCGGCUCAGCGAUGUUGUUUUUUGUAUGCAACGGUGUGGCUCGCCAUGUAUAUCAAUAAUAAUAAUCCUUUCGGUAGCGCUUUCCAAGCUGAUUCUGCUUCAAUGAACCAUUCUACCAUUAUUGGACGUUGCAAAUAUUUGCAAAAUGUUUGAUGCACGGUUUUGUUUGUAAGUAUAAAAAUGCCAUGGACGCGGAAAAAUAUCUUUCCAUCUUUAUCUGAAACAGAAUCAGCGCUGUUUUUUUUUGUAGUGUGGUCUAAACUUUUAAAUCCACCCUCGUGAGAUAUCAUCUUGGUAGCUUUCAAAAUAAACUCACGUUAGGUGAAAAAAAAUAAAUUAUAUCAUCCAGUAUUGCAUUGUGUUGACCAUUGCGCGCACAGUUUGCGAAAACUCCUUUAUUCAGUGCUAAGGGUAAGGUCACGUCCAUUUCAGCACACAAACGUGCUCAUUCGAACCGGAAAAUUCAUACCGUUCGUGAUGUUUUUCGAGUUGCACCAUAUGCAGGCCUCAAUGACGUAGAAACGCACCAUUAACCAAUAGACUUUAAAUUGCAGCUGUAUUUUACUAAACCAAAAAUUCAACUGUUAUUAUUGGUGGCGAGAGGUUUUACGCCCAUCAGUGUGUAAGAAUAGGAAUAUCCCUGUUAAAACCGAGUACGGAAUUAGUCUUCCAAAAUACCCUUAUGAAGUGUUACAUAUCCCUUUCUACUGUUCGCAGUUGCGCUCCUUCACUAUUUGUAUGGGUUGUUUUAAUCGAAUCCCUUUGACUAUGAUUUCCAUGUUUACAGAAUAUAUUUUGUAGAAACCGUAUUUAUAUAGGAAUAAGUUCGAUAUUUGUACUAAUUGCGAGCAAGAAGCAGCACACUUGAACAAGAUAUAAUCAAAAAUUUGUAAUAAAUUAUACUCAAAUCAUUUAAACAGGCACAUUUGAAUACAAUAAAAUACACUAAGUGAUUGAUCUAUCCCAUUAAAAAGAAAAAAAAAACAACAAUAAACAAUGACAAGCCAGGAACGACCCACUUUAGUAUACAUAUAUCGAAACAUGUAAUUCAAAAACUGUUGAAAACAAGACACUAGAAUAGUAAAAUAAACAAUGAAACAAUAUAGCUAUAUGUGGUUAUCAAUAUGGCGUUUGUACCAACUGAUAGCGAAUGAAUAUGAAGGAUUAAAAGAAGAAAAAACAGUCAAACAAAACCAAAUUUACCGUUGAUCACCCCGACAGGACAGUAGUUAAUAUUGAAUUUAACGUGUGAAUUUGUUUGAGGGUGAACGAAAUCAAAAUGUUUCACGUUAUGUUAAAAAAUGAUAAAUCAAUAAAAGUGUAUAAACUAA